AUGCCCCCUUCAGAUCAGCUUGUCGUACUCGAAUCACUCGAUCCAAAGGAAGCGAGUGCUGUCCUGGUUCCAUUGACACAGCACCAGCGUUACUAUCUUAGCGACGGUGACUUAUAUGUAGUGGCCCUUUCGGAUAAUACGAUUUUCCGGAUUCAUGCACAUUUUCUUCAAAAGCAUUCUGUAUGGAUGCAGACCCAGCCUCACUUAGCCGGGCGCGAAGAGGACAAGCCUUUGGUCCUUUGCGAGGGCAUCAGUGCAAAUGACUUUGCCAAAGUUUUAUGGGUGUUCUACGACGAGACGCUUGAGCGGCAGGCGUCGGGGGAAGAGUGGUUCGGCAUCCUCCUUACUGCGGAGAAGAUGCAAAUGCCGCGUGUCCAGCUACUUGCAUCCAGCAAGCUCAAAGAACUCACCUUCACCACGGAUCCAAUAGAGAAGAUCGCCGUCCAGCAACGGUAUUCGAUUCGUCCUCAUUGGGCGCUAGAUGCGUACCUCGAGGUUUGCACACGCCCGAAACCUCUCACACUAGACGAGGGAGUGAGGAUCGGGUUGCCUGAGUCGAUCAUGAUUGCUGAGAUUCGAGAACAAGUGGCCCGAGUACCUGUGGGCGGCAUUCUCGUUGAAAAGCCAGCCACUCUCGUAGAGCGCGUUAUCAGCCAAGACAUCCCCCCUGAAUCCGAGCCUCCAGUACCAACCGUGCUGGACGAAUCAGAAACUUUCGAAUGUGGUGUAGAGGGCGCGAAUGUUGUGGUCCGUACAAGAGAUAAAUGGUUCCGAGGGGAGGGGGGUCUAGUCGAAGAUAGCAUAACACUGUAUGCUGACGGCCUACAUGUCUCGUGGUUACUGGCCCUUUUUUAUAACGAGAGCCUCUCCAUAGAAUUAUCGCCUACUCAGCGCGAGGCCAUCCGAGCGCUCGCGGAACAGUACCAGAUGGACAAAGUUGGCGCAUUCGUGACGAGGGGAGCGAGUAACACGAUGGAUCUCGUCGAAAAGGUCCGAUCUAUUCAUCGCUUUAAUAUACCGCUGCAGACUCCGUGGGCGGCCGAAGUCUACCAUCAGCUAUGCACUAGACGGGCGCCAAUAUCCGCGGAAGAGGCGGCGCGAUUGGAUCCAGCGGUAUGGGCUGACAUCAGCGCGCGAAGAGAAGAGGUUCUCUGGAAGAAGUGCGAGGAGUAUGAACGCGCCGCAAUGGGUGCGUCUAUAGUCAGAGACGAUCCGAGCACGCUUUUUGGGCAAUAUGGGAAGCUAGGAAAGAAGCGUAAAAUAAGAAAAUAG